GAAGACCACAACUCUGGCUCAGGUUCAUCCAGAAAAGAAAACUCCGUUGCAAUGACUUGGGCCUCAAAUUGCAGCUUUAGUUUUCGAGUGUAUAGGCCUAAAGUGUGAGCAUUUCAAACAUUCACUUUUCUUUUUCUACAUGAUAAUGACUUUAAAUAAUUAGUAAACUUAAUAACUUAGUUACUUUAAUAUUUAUAUUAUAAGACUACUCGCUAUAUUAUUUAUAUAACUAUAAGUAAGUUAAGUCAUAAGUCUUAUACUUAUCAUAAGUAUGAAUAUGAAAUAAGGCUGCGGCUAUUCGGACCCCCAUCAGAAGUGAGAGAAUUGGUUUAUUAAUUUAAAAAAUAUUUAAAAUAUUAUUGUAGGGUUUGAACGACAAAGUUUGGUAUCAAAUGAAAGAUAAUUGAAUGGACUAAAUGUUUAUAAUUUUUAUAAACUUAAUUCUUCAGUUUAACUAAAAUAAACUAACACAAAUGACAUCCGAAUAGGAUUAAGUAUGAUUAAGUCUAAAGUUAAAGCAGAGGUCUCAAACCUAAAUUAUCUGGGGGCUGCAGGAGGGAGAGUCUGAGUGAGACUAGGCCGCAUCAAGUAUUCCACACAAAAGCGAUUUAAAAAUCCAUAAAGUACAACUGUUACAAUCAUCUCAUUAACCUUUAUCAAUAACAAAUGAAAACAUUAAGGGUUCUCAGUUCUCAAGAACUAAGCCAUCACAUUGUUAAAAGGCAUUACAUCCUUAGCCUUAAUAAGAAAAUAAAGUUCCCGGUGAUAUAAAAUAAAGGUAUUCAGCUAAUUAUUGCUAUGAAAAUUAUGAGCUGCUGGUAAGACGAAAAAGAAUAAAAUAAAAAUAUGGCAAUUCCCACUAGCGAUUUUAAAACUAAACACAUUCAAACAGAAGGCAGGGGCAGGCACCAUUUAUGAAUUAUUGAUGCGAAGGAAGAUGCUACUGUCAGGUGAAUUAAUUUCGAUUCUUUUAUCGAAGAAAAGGCGUUUUUGACUAACUAAGCCUAUUUUGAAAGUGACCAAGAUGACAUGCUCGGAUUUCCCUCACACUCAUCACUCAUACACACUAACUGCAAUUUUAAUAGACAUUCUUUGAUACUGUGUCAGAUUGCUAACGAUGUACACAAUUAUGUUUGUGCAUUAGUCACUAAUAGACUUUUAAACGUUUGAUGUAUAUAGGCCUAUAUACAAUAUUGCAAUUGUGUUUUCUCAAAACCGCAUUUUGGCCAUGUUUGUCUCAUGAAAUGCUAUAAUAUAUAAACUUUUAUGCCGAUUUUAAAAUUGUUUUUACCAUUAUACACAACGUCCAAACCUAUACAAACAUAAUAAAAAUCAGAAUUAGACUAAUCAGUGGGAUUCAACUGAAACCGUCGCGGAGGGUCACCACAUUAUAGAUAUUAGAAUGGGGAAAACGCGCGGGCCGCAUUAACACUAAACUUUGCUGUCAAGUCGUGGGCUGCAAAAUAUCGUGUGGGCCGCUAAUGGGCCGCGAGUUUGAGACCCCUGGUCUAAAGGUACCCGGGUCGGAAUAGUGGCGAUGUGUGUCCGGAUCUAUUUUUACUAACUGCUAUUCGGAUGUCAUUUGUGGUAGUUUAUUUUAGUUAAACUAAAGAAUUAAGUUUACAAACAUAGUCCAUUCAAUUAUCUUUCAUUCAGUUCGUAACUAAGUAACUAUAAUUAUAAUAUUAAAAUGAUAUAUAUUAUAAUAUAGUAUAUAGGCUACAUAUAAAUUAUAAAUAUUAAAUACUGCCUAUACGGUACAGUACCAGUACAGUAGUAAAGUAAAUCAGUUAGUCUCUUAGUCAAUGUUGGUGUUUGCUUAAAUUACUCAGUCAUUCAUCAUUGUCUUUGCAACUUUGAAAGACACUUGUCUUAUGACUGUUCUAUUAUUAUAGUAAUAGGUUAUGUCUAUGGACUAAAUAAAGAGCUAAUAAAUAAUCCAUUUUUGAAUAUACAUUAUGUUGUGACAUCUGAUGUACACAAAUCUCUUAUUUGUAACAUGCUUAUUUCUUAAGGUAAGGAACCAUAAAAGUCAAGUGGAACUGGUGUGAAACAUCUGUUUAUAAAAUGCCACGUCCAGGGAAGGAUAAAAUAGAUCAAUACUUAGUUGUUUUAGAUGUAAGUUGGCAAAAUGGUUUUAUAAAAACCUGCAAGGUAAAAAUAUCUAAAUGUAUUAAUGUAAAAGUAUUAAUCUGGAGAUAAUAUGACAACGUCAUUCCAUACUUUCCAUAUAUUCUAAUUAAUAAUGCCAUUGUUUUCACCUGGGUUGGCAUGGUUGAAAAACAAAGGUUAAAUACCACUGAAUGGUUGUGGCUGGAUGGAUGUGGGUUAAAAAAUAUGUCAAUUUCAAACUUGUGGAUAGGAUUUCGAAACCCAGAAGGUUGAAUGGGACUAGUUAUCCUUGGUUGACACCUCAUCUUAGAUAAAAAGCUUUGAAUUCAAAUCCGGAGAAAGAGUCCCACAGGCAUAAUGUAUGGUUAGUGGGGAUGCAUUAUUUAAAUAUUCACAUCCAGCACUCAGCUUUCAAUUCUAACUUUUAAGUAUGCAUGCUUUCAGUCAAAUUACCCUUUCUUCUUAAUGCACUUACUUACGCAUUUUAAAGAAAUUUUUCUUUUUUAUAUCAGUAUAUUAUUAUUAGUGGUUUUAUGUAGCGCUGUACCCCAGCCUAGGGCUGGGCUCACCACGCUGUACAAUUUAACAAAAAUAAUCAUGAACUUAAAAAUUAAUAUACAUUAAUGAAAUAAAAAAACAGCUGUAUAAAAACAAAACAAAUGUAUAUUCACUCAACAUUAUUCAUCUAAUAUUUUACUUCAUUGUUAAUGUUUCAAAUGUUUUCAAACAUUUCUUUGCUUAUGUUUAGGGCUUGACAUUAGCUUUAGUCUGACAAAAAACGUAUUUUAUCUUUUUAUCUUGAAGUAAAACUUUUAGAGAAACAACUCUCUGGGUUUAGCUAAAAAUUUGUUUCUUUUUCUCAUAAAAUAAUUAAAUGCUGACUUUUAAAAACUGAAUAGAAUCUACUUUAUUGAGGACUAUCAGAUUUAUUGAACCGUAAAACUUAUAUAAAUUUUUUUCGUGUUUAAUUUUAUUUUUAUGAUGGAAAAUGGUAGUGAUUGAUGCUGAUUAAAAGAUCUUACUUUAUUAUACAGAAUAUUCCUCCUUCUUAUGACGAGAAUUUGAUGACUGAGUAUGUGGAAGUAGUUUUAGAUCUUGGUGUAAAGUUUGUUAAAAUUAUUGAAGGAACAGCUCUUUUUUCACUUGAAGAGGAUAUUAAAGGUAUAGUUAAUUUUUAAAAUUUAUAUUCCUUAAAAUAAGCUGUUGAACUAUUCAAACAUAAAUUGUUGGAUUAAUUGUUUUAUAGUUUUCGUUUAAGUCAUUACAAAUAUUAAUAAAUUAAACAACCCCUAACAAAAUGUUUUUGUUUAAAUCCUUUAAAUGCAUUUUUUUUGUUACAUUUAUAUAAUUGUACACGAUUUUUCAUUUAUUAAGAUGUAAUAAUUAUGUAAAUGAGCAAACUUCUGGCGUAAACAGGUUUCAUAUUUCCUUCAUUCUCCCCAUCAGAAAUCAAAUAUACAUUUUAUCUUUACAGCAUACCCAAAUACAUUACAAAUACAAAGCUACACAAUUAAUCUCCACACCAAAGAUGCAACCGUUGAACAAAUCAAAUUUUAUUCAUCUUUGCAAUGAAAAACCGGACAAACUUAUUGGUGGUGGUGGGGCUGCAAAUUUUAUAGAAUGUGUUGUCAUCAGCAACAAAUCUAUAUGCCAAGUUUCUGUUUCGAUAUGAGGAAGGCAAAUGGGCUGAUUAGCUAUCCAAAGAUUUUGCCUUAAACACAGAAACACAUGAACAAAAGCAAAAAUUAAUAUAAAGGGUUUUAAAGGAUAUGAUGAUUUAAUUAUAUUUUUGACAUCUUUAGCAAAACUCUGUACAAGAUAAUUUGUUGUGCCACCCCAACUAUAUAUUUUUAUAUCCAAAUUGAAGUAAAACAUUUGUAACACUUACUUAACUGGAAUGUGACAACUGAAGCGCCCCCCCCCCCCACUGCAAGUACUGUUAGCCCAAAUUUGUUGUAUUUGCAUAUGUCAUAACUGAGAAAUUGAUGUGGCCCAAUACGUUAAGCUUUGCAGCCUUAUAAAUAUAGACUUCUUCAUUUGAUUUACAUAGAAAUCUAUUUUUAAAGUUAGCUGAGAUAAAAGAUAAACAUGUUUGUUAAGUUUUAUUUUGUUAUUUUACUUUUGAUUAUGGAUAAAGAAUGAGAUAGAACCCACAAAUAAGUUUACUUACAAAAUAGCAUGUGAAGCCAUCUGGGUUGGCUACCCCUAAUCUAUAACUAUUAUAAAGCUUUUGAUUCUAAUCUUCAAUCUAUUAAUCAUUAAAUCAUUAAAAAAUAAACAGGGCACUAAUAAUGUUUAAAAUCACAAUAUUAUUGAUUAAUUGUAUAUUUCAGAUUUAAAAGUAGCCUCAAGGAAAGUGAAAAGAGAAUCACUGGAAGGUCAGACAAUAGAACUGAUGCCAGUGGAAAAAAGAGCUGAUAACUCUGUGGUCAUAUAUGAUAUAAAACCAAAUACUUUAGAUGAGACCUCUCUAAAAAAAUUCAUUGAACAGAAAUUUAAUGGGGCCGAUGGUUGUGUCUCAUCUUGCACCAUAUGGUCAGAACAUCAUUUAGGCAUUGUCCAUUUAAAAGCUGGAUUUGAAAGAUGUAAGUAGCCUUCAAGUACAAAUUAUUUCAUUAAUGCGAUUGUUCUUUAUUUAACUUUUGUGUAUAAUGUUAAAAAUUAUUAAGAGUAAGUUUAAAACUGCUUUGAUAUUUGAAACCUAUGAAAAACAUCUUUAAGAUUUCUCAUAAGAGACUACUUAUCUUAUCACCCACCAUCAAAAAAGAAACAAAUUGACACCCCCCCCCCCCUUUUUUUUUUUUUAUCUCCCUCCCAAGAUUCUGCAAUAUUAUAAUUUUUAUAAUUCAACGUUACUGUAUUUGUUUUUUUCCAGUGGUUGAAAAAUUGCUGAAGAAGGCAAAACACAACAUAGGAUACUCGAUGAAGAUUGUCAUUGAACCAUUUUACUUCAACUUCCAUGAUAUAGUUGAAAAAAAAUUAUAUUCAUUGAAAAGUGUUCAAAAUGCAAGUCCUUCUAAAUACAAAGGCGUUCAGCAUUCCAGAAAAACUGAUUUGAGUGAUAGUGAAGAAGAAUCUGAGUCAAGUAGCAGCAGUGGCAACCAGAGAUGUGGACAUGGUACCAAAGAUGAGGAAUCAGGUGCAACAGGGAGCGAUGGAAUGAAUUCUUACUCAGAGUCUUCAUCUGACUGUGAUAGUGAAUUUGAAAAUGUCAGACGUGAACAAGAAGAAAUCAUUGUUAAUGAAGGAAAGUGUGUUGGGGCUGCAAGUAUUACAGAUUUGAAAGAUUCUGAUACCGGUACUGGAAAAGCAUCUUUAAGUCGAUCUGAGAACAAACAGAUUGCCAAAGGUUCAAAACAAGUUUAUUCUGGAAAUAACCCAAAAGGAGAGCAAGAAAAUUGUGUACCAUGUACAGUAAAUAAUCGUGACAGAAAAGAAGAAGCCAUGUCAGAAGCACAAUUUCUACUUAUGAAGGAACAAUUUGGUACAUUCAAUGACUGUACAGUGUGCUUUAAAAAGGAGGAAAAAAAGGUAGUGAUUGAAGGAGGGAUGAAGGACGUUGAUGAACAGUAUUGGAAAAUACUUUUUGGUCUUAAAGAAAUUGAAACAACUAGCCUUGAACUAACUGGAUCUAUGCCUAAAAUAAUUGAUAAACAAACAGGCAAAACAUUUCUAACAACUCUCAAAGAAAUGGAACUAGUCGAAUUCAGUAUAGAAAAUAACAAUCUCCUACUGGCUUCGAGGAAACUAGCAUCUUUGAGUGCAGCCGCUGAAAAACUGAAAGGCAUUUUAAAUUACAAGGAAAUAAUAACAAGCACUUAUGAAGUUCCACAAGAAGAAUUAGAUUCUCUAAAAGAAAAACUAGAAAGUCAAUUAUUAGUGGAGGUGUCAUGGAAGUCAAACAGUGAAGAAAUCUAUAUUGAAGGCUUUAAAGAUGAUGUCCUGAAGGCUAAAAAUGAAACUAACAAAUUGUUGGAAAGAUUCAAUGAAGUUUCAGGAGAGUUCUUGGUUGAUGGCGAUGUCGCUAACUACCUACGCAAAAAUCCAUCACAAAAAAUUAGUUCAAUACUCCAAAGUGUGACAGACUGGAACUAUGAUGAGGGUGAAGAAAAUGGCACAUUGACUUACAAGUUUAAAGGUCAAAUUAGUCAAGUCAAGGAGGUGGAGGAUUCAUUAAAGUCCUUUGUUGAAAAUAUUGUGACGCGAGAAAUAGAUUUUAAGAACGAAGGCAUCAGUGACGCUGACAUUAAACUUAUAACUCAGAGCUGCAAUACAACAGAUGUAAAAAAAAAACUUUCCGAGUUUGAAAGUCAGAAAAAGUGUUUUCUCAAAAUCAAAUUGCCAAAUGAAACUGCCUUUAAAGCUAAAGGGGAGAUCACUGGAAAAAUACCUAUCAGUGAUACCUUUAGUGUGACCACAUCAAGUUGCAUCCAGAUUAAAGAAGGAGACAUCAUUGAUGAAGAAAUGGAUGUUCUUGUGUGUGUGUUGGAUGAAUCUAUCAACUUAAGAAAGACACAAAUUGGAAAGGCUUUUAUCAGAUGUGUUCCUGAGCUGAAUGACAGGUUUCAAAUAAUCCAAAUAGAUAACCCUGAUUCAGAUGUACUUACUGUCCCUGGACCUUUUUCAAAUUCAUAUACAUCUUGUCUUGCAAUUUGUGGCAUAGUUUUAAGCAAAUGGGAUGAAGAUACCUCACCUGCUUUGUUGGAAAACAUAAUUACCAAAGUUUUAGAUGAAGCCAUCAAGCUUGGAGCCAAGUCACUGGCAUUUCCUGCCUUAGGUCAUGGUAGAAUGUUCAAAUUUCCAUCUGAUAAAGUCUCUCAAAUAAUGGUAGACUCUUUUGUGUCACACCUAACAUCAAAACCAGAGAUAGAAAAAAUUUGCAUUGUGACUGAUGAAGAAAUGCAAAGCAAUCUUAAAUUGGAGGCAGAGAAAAAGUUGCAAAAACUCUCUCAUAAUAUUGCUACUGUUGAAAAUAACUCUGACACAGAGGAUGACAUGAAUCAAGAUAUGGAUGAAAACAUUGUCAUGGAUUUAGAAGAAGCUGGUGAUAUAGAAAUCUCUAUCACAAUUGCUAAAACAGACAAACCAAAUGCUACUUUAAAAAGUUUAAUUGAACUGAUCAGAAAAAAGUGUUUGUACAGUGCAGACCUUGGACAUGAGAUGUUGUCUGUCUUAUUCCCAGUCAUUAAAGAGAAAGUAAAAACUCAAAUAACACAUGUGAAAAUGCAUUCAGAUUCUGUUACGAAUAAAUCUAAAAUAACUAUUAAAGGUUUGGACAAGGAUGUAAAGAAACUAGAAACUUUCAUUCAAAGUCAACUAAAUGCAUUUGAAACCACUCUGCGAAAUAAGGUUCUUGAAUCAGGCAAUGCCCCACCUCGGAAUACUAUUGAGUUUUUAAGAUAUGCAUCAAUGAUAACAGAAAUGUGUCCUUCUUAUUGGGACUUUAGGAGAGGGCCAAGCUUUCUUCAACGAGUAUUUGGAAACUACUAUCCAUUUAGAACUCAAGAGGAACACACAAUAACAGUUAAUGUUGACAAAAAAACCAAGAAAGCAAUUACGGAAUUAUUUGAACAAACAUGGGAUCCAACCAAGUCCGGUAGAGGAGCAGAUGCCAGAGGACUGCAAGCCAAUACCAAUGUUGAGAUAAUUAAUGUGGAAAGGGUUGAAAACCCACUUCUUUUUGAGCCAUAUUCCAGUACAAGGAAAAGUUUAUUUGAAAAAUAUGCCAGAAUGGGGAGCCUUUGUCAUGAUCUGGGCUCUACUUUACCCAGAGGACAGAUCAAAACCACAGAAAUUCUGGAAGACUUCCUUAAAGAACAACUUUAUCAUGAAGUCAAUGAGCACUUCCUGUUCCAUGGAACAAAAAUCGAGCUGAUCGAUAGCUUGACACAACGUGGUCCAGAUCCUAAACUCUGCACAAAUGCAAUGCUUGGUAAUGGGGUUUAUUUGGCAGAAACAUCCACUAAGUCAGACCAGUACACAGGUAUAUUAUUUACAUGUUUUAUUACUCUUAAUCUUUGUGUCUAUCUCAUUUACUGUGGCAUUCCGUGGGUGCUUCAUUAAGCUUUGUUAUAUUUUUUUGUUCAUCCUACAAUAACCAUUUUGAAAUCAUGGACAUUAUAGCCUGAUACUCAUGCUUUUCCGACUCACACAACUUCUCUACAUAUCUCUCUUCUGUCUGUCAAGGUCCUUUCUCCAUGUGCUUGUGGUUUUCAUCUAUCUCUACAACCAAUUGGAUCCAUGACAGAGACAGUCAGGCAAUUUUUUGAAUUAGCUUUCUUAAUAAUGUCGUAGACCUCAGAUAUAAAAUAAAAAACCUUUUCAUUUUCUUAAUGAGAUCCUUUCUUAUUUUUCUUGUCCUAAGAUCAGAGAGAGAGCCGUGCUCAAAAGGGUGAAGAACUAAAAAUGUUGGUCAUGAGGGUUUUACUUGGUAACACCUAUGUCAUGAACAGAAACCAUCCAAGAGUUCAAAAGGGUAAAUUAUUAGAAAAUACUCGAUGAAACUUUUAAAAAUGCUUUAAAAUACAGUUAUGGAGUAUGGUAACUCCAAAAAUUAUAUAUUAGACAAUAUACAUAUAUCUACUUUAUAAGUUUGUUUUAUUUUUUAAUGGGUAAUUUUAUUACAAGAAAACAAAACAAUGGAUGGCAACAGAAAUUGACCUGAUAAUUCCUCCUGACCUAUAAAUGGUUCCUUGAAAAUUUGCUCAUAAGCCCCAUCAUUUCAAACGCUGUCCAGGGUAAUUAUAAGAAUUUGUUACACAGGGAGCAAAUUCAGUCUGUAGUAGAUAUCCAUUUUUUAAAAACAUUGUUUACAUGUUGUACAAUCAUUAUACGCUUCUUAAAUGCCACACACGAUAAGAUUCUGUCCAGCUUUUUUUUACUAACAUCAAAUAAUGACGCAGUAGUGUUACAGUUAAAAACAGUGCAAGACACCAAACAAUGAGUAACCAAUAAACGUCAUAUCGGUAUUCAUCAAUGUGUAAAUGAUCAUUUUUAAUUACUUAUAUGUCUUAAAUAAAAUAAAAAAUUUAAUCGCUCAAUAACAUUUCAAAUGUUCACCCAUGUAUCUUUCUGGGUAUAAUAUUUAUUUACUAUCUAUAUACAUGAAAAGAUAUGUAUGUAUUUGCACCGCUCAUGCUUCUGUAGAGAUUAAUGAAUCUUGAUUAAACGUGGGUUAUAUAGUUAUUUCAGCAUUAUCCAGAAGAAAAUGCUGGCAGGGUUAGAUUUAUUUUUAAAUAUCCCUUUGAGUGUUGUGGGCCUACAUUUUGUUUUUUCUUAUAAUUUAUGAGCUAUAAAUUACAAAUAAUGGAUAGAUCUAGAUGAAUCUCAGUAAAAAUGCACUUGAAAAUGUAAAAUAAAACAUUUGGAGAGUGUCGAACUUAUAAUUUUUACCACUUUUAUGGCUAGGGUCACUUAUUUUAUUUUCCUUAUAUACUGUACGCUAUAUCUCAUACAUUUUUCAAACAAUUUUAAAGGGAAACUUUUAAUCUUAACUUCACUAAUUAUCUAAUGAAGUAUUUAGGGUCCCUAUCUUAGAGACAAUUCAAAAUAUAACAUUAUAGAAGGGAUACCCAACUGGCCCAUUAUUUUAAGUUUAAUGGUAAAUGUCUAGCGUUAAAGCGUUUUGUUUUUGAUGUUUUGGUAUUGAAAUAAUGAUUACAUAAAAGAGUCAUUUUAUUACAACCUGAUUGAAGGUUUUUUAAACAACUUACAGAAUUUCAGCAAGUUCUAUAUUUUGCCACAUAGGUUAUGAAAAUGUCAAUGGAAUCUAAAAGUUUAUUGAAAUUUUAGUCUAGUCUAGUUUUUAUAGAUUUCUGUACUUUCCUGAAAAUUUCCUCGGUAUUAGUGAAUAUAUCUUUAAAAGUUUCUUGAAGAUUUUACCUUCAUCUAGAACAUUUCGAUUUUUUAUAAGGUUUUUAAAAUUAAAUAAAUGUCCUUUUUAUUUCUAAAAGUCUAUAUGACUUAUGACAUCAGAUUUAAAGAUAUUUGUGAAUUUUCUUCUUAAGUUCCAAAUGAGUGUAGAAGAUUCUACAAUGUAUUUUAUUUACAACAGCCAAAGCUAUAUAAGAAGGCUUAGUUUAACAUGUAAGCUUCAUUGUAAAUUGUAGCAUCUAGGUUAGCGUUGGUAAAAAUAUCUUUUAUAAUCUCUUUUAAAAUUGGUGAAUUUCAUACUAUUAAUAUCCAAAUCUUUUUGUGCAGAGAGUUCAGAGAGGUCCCAAUUUUUUUUAAAUACAGCCCUUAAUCUUCAGCGUUUUUCAACCAAUUUUAUUGGGUCAGUUUUUCAAUUAAAGUUUGUUUGUUAUUCAACCUGAAAUAUUCACUCCUGUAAAAUAUUACAGAUUGAGUGAUUGAGGUUUUUUUUGGUGCCAGGGGUCCCAAUUAGUAACAUUUUAAAAGGCAACAUCUUUGCAAAUUCCUUCCCAUUUUAAUGGGAUAAAUUUGAAAUAUUAACUUGAAUAUUCAUCUGUAUGAUUUGUAUAGUGCCUCUAUCUUAGGGCCCAUUUUAGAACAGGGAUCCUAUUUAUUUGAAUGUAUAACGGUGAUAGCUUUGGCAUUGGAGAAUACCAUUUUUUUUAAUGGGAAAUCUUGCAAAAGCUAGAUAUGUCUUUAAAUAAUGUUUUUUGGCUGUGCACUGCCUGAAUAUAUCAAAGUAAUGGGCCUCAAAUUCACCUGAAUAUAUCAAAGUAAUGGGCCUCAAAUUCGCCUGAAUAUAUCAAAGUAAUGGGCCUCAAAUUCGCCUGAAUAUAUCAAAGUAAUGGGCCUCAAAUUCGCCUGAAUAUAUCAAAAUGGGCCUCAAAUUCACCUGAAUAUAUCAAAGUAAUGGGCCUCAAAUUCGCCUGAAUAUAUCAAAGUAAUGGGCCUCAAAUUCAAUGUUUACAAGAGUUGUUAUAAAUCUGUUUUUUUUUUUUUAUAUAUAAUAAAAUUUUAAUUGGUACUUGAUUGAAGUGUUUUAUACAGGGCCGUAAAUUACAUGUACGCUGAUAACACUUUAUAACUUUAUACGGUUUUUUUCCAAAUAGGCGUACAACCCCGAUCAAAGCCGGAUAUUAUAUAUUAUACUUAUAGUCUUAUUUAUAUAUAACAUAUUUCAAUAUUCAAAUUAAGUAAACAUCAGCAUGGAAGAUAAAUGAGAACAUAACAGCUGUAUCAAAUUUAUAUUAUGGGAUGGGCCACAAUAUAGGGAUUUGAAAAUGGAAAAUGAAAAGAAAAUUUGGAAAAAGUUUCUUUCCCAAACAGCUGAGUGCAAGCUAGCAGCAUUCCUAAUACUAAUACAUUGUAAUUUUAUUUUUGUGCUCUUAUGCCUCAAAUGGGUUAGCAUAAUCACUGGAUGGUACAACCGACUUAUUUUUUCACGAAAUUAUGUAGGCCUACAUAAUAAGUUUGGAUAGCACUGACUUAGAGAAAUUUGGAAAUGGGGUUGUGUCCUCUGAUACUGAAGGUGCCUACACAUUCAGGAUCAUGACCCAAAAGCCAAGAAAUCUAAGUUUGGCAAAGCAUAUAUUGGGAAAAUUUGGGGGUUCAUUAAUUUCUGAGGCGCUAAAUGUAAUUUGAAUAUCCUGCAUUGUUUUUUUUUUGCAUGUAAUGUCAACUCUUGUCAUAUGUUGUUGUUAUUAAUGUAACUGCAAGAAUAGAGGAUACAUUUGUUUCCAUGUUCUGUUUGCAUAUUAUAUGUUCAAGCCUUGGAGCCUCAGCCUGGGCUUACUUCUAUAAUGAAAGUCACUAUAACUGGAUAUGCUAGGACUAGGAUAGUUAUAGAUCCCAAUUUUCCCAGGCCCCCAAACGCCAUAAGCAUACAAGCCAACCUGUACUGGUUACCUGUACUUUGUACAGUGUUCAUAUGUUUUCCGAGGUGUACAGGCUUUUGUAGUUUUUCCACCCUAUUUAGAAAAGAAAUAUUUUGGCAUAAGACACACGCUCACAACUGAUGGUGCAAUAAAUUCAACGCUCGACAACGAGUAGCUUAAAUUCCUUUAAUCCAUUCAAAAUGUAAUUCUAAACAAAAACUGCAGUGUUAGUUAAUGCUCUUUCAAUUUUAUUAAAUCUGUUUAAUAUUAAUAGCAAUCAGUGACUAAUAUUACAAAAGCAUUGUUUAAUCCCUCAGACCCCCUGGAUCUGGUAUGGUAAAAAACAUAGCAUAAUUAACAGAAGAAUUAUGUCUAAUUAUAUCUAACUCGCUAUCAAAUUCAUCAAUGAGUCAUCAAUGAAAUAAUAGAGCAAGUUGUGUUGAGGCUUGAAUCAAAAGACAAUAAGAUAUUGACGUUUCGGAUUAGAGCCUUCUGCAGCGAACAGGACAAAUGAAAAUGUGACAAGGAACAGAGCACAGUUCAAAAACAAAAAAAACUCUACAUUGUGGAUCCUUCGCUACAUCAUGAAUCCAUUUCAGUCUUGGUGAACCAUCUGCCCUCAGGUUUCAGCUUGUAAAUAACUUUUGCUGCUCUACAGUCCACCAUUCUCUCUAGGUGUCCUGUCCAGCACAGUCUUCCUUUUUUAUUUGUAGCAACUUUGAGUGCGUCUUUGUAAAACCGAUACAUUCUUGGUUUCUUGUACGGAUUCUCCAACCAUCAUUGUCUGUCACCAGACUGACCGGAUUCUCCAACCAUCUUUAUCUGUAACCGGACCGACCGUAUACUAAUCCUGAGGAUUUUUCUCUUCUGUGUGUUGAGCAGUUUCUCUGCUUGUCUGGUAAGGGACCAAGUCCCAUUUGUGUAAAAUACAACUGGUCUUAAAAUUGUAGUGUAUAUUGCCUUCCAUCUCCUUGAGCGGUUUAUGCUUCCUAUUACCUUUUAUAGGCUGAAAUAAGACCAGUUACCUGCUCUUAUUCUUUCUUUCACCUCCAACAUCUUUUCAUUGUGCUCAUUUAAAAUAUGGUAGCUCCUAGAUAUUUGAAAGUAGCCACUCUCUCAAAAGUUUGGUUGUUUAUGUUAAUGUUGUCAUCAGUAAGCAUGUUCCAUAACAUUAUCAUAUAUUUUGUCUUCACUUCAUUUACCUCAAGACCAGCUUUGAUUGAGACAUCUUCAAGUUAUCUGAAUGCUUUAAUUAUAUUAUUGCUGUUUAUGCCCAGUUGCGCUGUCAUUCGCAUAUGCCACGUACUGCAAUGUUUGGCUAUAUAAAGUUCCUGAUGGUUAUGGUUCUGUAAUGCUUCUCUGGAAGUACUUUUAAUCGUCCUACUGGUAGGUGUAGGCCUACAUUACUCAUCACUUUUUCUAAUGUGAUGUUGAACAGGAUACAUGAUAGUGAGUCUCUUUGUCUGAGGGCCUGAUUAAUUUGGAACUCCCUCGAUUACUCUCCAUGAACUCUCCAAGUUCCUGUAGAGCAUCAUACAGCAAUGUUAAAAAUAAUAUUUAGGCCUCCAAGCAGGCUUUUUUUCAUGAUAAUGAUUUAAAUAUCUUUGUAACUUGCUCUGUAUUAUCCUCACCACAAAGUACACAUUUAAGACCAAUAUAAAAUUUAAAUCGGCAUAAAUUAUUUAGGUGGCGUUAAAAGUUAAUUUAUCAUGGAAAAAUUAUAAAAAUUGCAUCAACGAUAAAUUUAAAAAUUAAAUAACGCUUUUUUGGUAUGCUAAGCAUCUAAUGUUAGUUUAAAGUUAAGAAUUAAUUCAAGGUACCGCAAAGCGGCUCGUUGGGGCACCCUGUUUGAAAAUCACUGUAUUAAGGAUGUAGUGUUUCUGCACAACAAAAACAAUCACGCUAUUCAACGCCCAAAAAGAUAUGUUUACAGUGAGUUGCUUGUAACUUAAAACAUCACCCCACAAAUGAAUGGGUUUAAGUUAUGUCUAAUCAGCAUUUAAUAUAAAUUGUGGUGUUAUCAAAAUGAUCUAUUCAUAAAAGGCAAGUUUUAAAAAUUUGUAUAACCCUUUUUUUUCCCCAGGUGCUACUCCAUUAAAGAGACCUCCAUGUGUUCAAUGUGAAAGUGACCUUUGUUCCAAUACAUCACAUUUUGAGUAUGACUCUGUUACUUUGGACAGUGACCCAAAUGAUAAUCGUGUACUCUUCAGAGAAUUUGUUGUCUAUGACAUAAGUCGGUGUUACCCAGAAUACAUUAUAACAUACAAACGAAAAUAAGAAAAACACAUUUCUCCAAUCAUACACUAUUGUCAAGCUUGUUAAAUAAAAUCCAGACCAAUUAAAGCAACAGAAUGCUGUCUCUAUGGCCUAACAGAGUGAAAUCCGAAAUUAAUAAUAUAAUAAUAAUAAAGUUUAAUCAAAAACACGCUUCAUCCCCAAAGGCUCGAAGCGCGGUACAAAGUCCAAAAAAAAAAAAUCUAUAAUUUACCACAUUUAAAACAAACGCAACACUACAAAAACUAAUUACCAGCAUACAAUGUCAAAGUCUUUCUAGCCAUUUCAACCCUAAGUAACAUUUAUAUCCUCUUUUUAUCAAAUCAAAUCUUUACAAAUUUAAUUUUCAACAUCUGUAUUUUGAUUGUUUUCCCCAAAAGCUUUGGUGGCGACUUAAAGGUCAUUGAAAAUUGUUGUCUUUGAAAAUAACUAAACAUUUUUGGUUUAUUUUAUGUUUAGGUCUGCACAUCUACAUUUAUUACUUAUUGACUGAUUAUUGCAAAAUGUGCCACAAAUUUAACUUUGCGGUAUAUUCCCUCAUUGAAAAAGGAAUGAUGGAAUGACUAAAGGAAAUGCUUUACAAAGCACCAUUAAAAUGUUGUAAAAAAAAUAAAAUUGUCUGGAUGUAUUUUGGAAAUGAUGCCUCUUAAAAUAAGCUAAAUCUAACAUUAAUUUUUUAGUUAUUUUUUUUAAAGAUGUGUAAAAGCUAAGAAUCACAUUCGUUUUGCUUCUGCCUUUAAUUGUUAAAGGAAUGACUAACCUAUGGGGAAAAACUGUUUUUUAAAAGUGAUAGAUCAUGUCAUUUGAGGUAAUUCCCUUGUAAUGAUUGAUUGAUGAGACAAUUGUGCUUUUUACCCUUUCUGAUUGAAAGAAGAUUUGCCAUAUUCUGCUAAAUGGGUGGCUGGGUGUGAAAGUCAGUAAGACAGAAGUGAAGCGCUCUUACAGUUGCGCCAAACUGGAUGUGCACACUAGUAUAGCCCACAACAGGCUGACUACAGACCAAAUAUAAAAUAGCAUGGUGACCUUGGAUGGAAUAGGUCAUCUAAAUUACAUUAAUAAAUGAAUCAUUCAACUAAAUCUAGGACUAAUUAAUACAAUCUUAUAUAUUUUACAUAUGUUAGCAUCAUUUAUCAGGAAAUAAGGAAUUUCUGAUUGAUGCUGUUAUCACUAUUAUGAGUUUCAUAAAGUUUAAUAUUUGUAUUGUAUACAAUUUGUGUCUUGGUUUUUUUAAAACAGUGUACGUUAUACAGGGGUGGACACAGGGAAGAUUCCCCAUGGGCCGCUAGGACCGGUGAUAUAAUAAAACUAAAAGUCAUGAAGAUAGGGCCGCUUUUUUUUAUUGUUUUCCUGGGCCGCUUGAACUCCCCAGACAACCCCUGACGUUAUAUGUAUGUCCCUGUUUUUUUUUAUCAUUUUAUAAAUAUAAAGUAAGUUUUAUUGCAAUAUAAUGUAACUUAUUGUAACAUUUGAUUUUCAAAUGGAAAGAGAAAAAAAGCUGUUUUUAAAUUUGUGAGCACUUCUUUUUCAUGGGGAGUUUUAAAAAAAAAAAAAUAUUGAUUCUGCUCACAAACUCUAUUUCUGUCGAUUUUGGCAUUAAAAACUGAUGCAUUAUGUUCUCAUAACAAAGUUGUAUUCUCCAUUUACAAAGCACCAUUAAAAUGUUGUA